GGUGGAAUCCUAAGGUGCCUGCCUGGGGAUUUAAAUAGUUGAAUGAAUCGAAGGAAGGAACCAUAUGGCUGUCUUUCCUAUUGUUUCCGAGGCGACAGCAUACAUGUACAGGUUCGAUUACCUAUAGGUACCUAGAGGUGCAUAAGGCAAGAACUACCUAAGUUUACCUUUACAUUAUCCUCUCUGCCUGCACAUAUUCAACCCCAUAUUUUUACGAGUCCUUAAACACCUUAUGAGGUUUUGUUUUGACUUUCCCAUCCUUAUCUUCUCCUACCAACCUUAGCAACUCUCUGUUGUUGAGCAAGUCAAUCCCCCGAAACCCACCAUUCUGUAUUUUACACCUUGCACGCUUCUACUUCUAACAACCCUCUGAGGCUGUCAUAACCUAGUUCUUACAAUUUGACGGAGUUACUUGGACUUUCUGUUUGUGAUUACUGAAGAGCCCAAAGAAAAGACGAAUUCUACCGUCAAGAUGUUUGGACAUGGGAAUAUAGAGGACGCGAAAAAGCUACAAGCUUCUUUCACACGCGCAAAAUCACCUCGGCGCAAUAAACGAAAUCAGGAGAGGAGAAACGGAAUCAACGCACGACGGGGAGGUGCCUUAGUGAACCAUCGCCAGCAACAUAACCAAUGUGGUCAAGGUAGUGGUGUACAGGGACGUGCUCAACUAGGCUCAAGUUUAAUAAUUCGCCCUCGAGGAAAUACGAUGCAGCAUCACCCUGUACGAUCAACUCAGGGAGGUAUUACCCCAACAUCUCGCCCUCAUGACAUGCCUAUGUUCCGCGGCACUGGAGAACCACGAGCUGUUCUCACUGAGGGUAUAACCCCUCUACAAGGACACUCUGUCUCACAAAACGUAGCCCUUACGAUUCCCGCUCCGCAAGAGACAUGGCAGAAACGCAUUAUGUCCUCUAGUGAAGAGGGAAAUAUUGCACCGAAGCGUCUCAAGGGCGAACUUACGGGGGGUUCGACUCAAAUACAAAUGCAAACAGCCAACAGCCCUCCUCCGCCGCAGUUUUGUGGACAAAUCUUUGGCCCACAGAGUGUAGGCGGCUAUUUCCAGACUGCUCAGGCCUCGACUCCAUCUCCGGAUCAGCUACAAUUUACUUAUCCACUUCAACCCAAUACUACUUUGGUAGACCCUGCUUUGGCAUACAGCUCCGAUGCUUCUACCUUAGUCUCUCAACGAGCCCCUUGGCACCAUCACUCGGAUUCUGUACAAUCCGAGACAUCGCUCCUUGAUGAAGGGGGUGAGCCGGUUAGCCAAGACGUGAUGCAAUUCACUACUAGGAACGAGGCUCGCCAAGAUGAUGAUGUGGCCAUGGGUGGUGUGGAGACAAGAAGCAAUGUCAAAGGAGGCCUUAAAGCUUCACGGUGGAAUCCUGACAACCCUAAUCAUUAUCCCGAGAAAGAUUUUCCUGAGCACUUCUGGGGAGAGCCCAUGCGUGUUGAUCCGCCAACUCAGGAAAGACGUGGUCCUUCCGUUCCAACCGGCCAAACUGUGAUCAGUGGUAUCUCCAAAGGACCUGGUCUCGCAGACUCUCGCUGGGCUUCGUAAAGUCAACUAAGAGAGUCGCUAUACCGAACCCCAAGUCUCUAUUGUGGUUGUACCUAUGUUAUUACCAGCCUCAUUUUUUCUAGGACUGCCAGCUAGAAUACCUCAGGUAUUCAGUACUUAUGUUCAUCGUUACGCAUAUGUGAAAGCUCC